AUGGGCGCCAGUACCAAGAGAAAGAAGGAGAAGCAGCAGGACUUCCAGAAACCAAAACUCAAGGUCGGCAAAGCAAAGGCCAAGCCAGACAAUUUCACAGACACGAGUUUUAAGUCUAAAUCAAUAACGCUAAACCAACAAUCUCUAACCCUAAGCGCCCCUUCCACCACUUCCCAAUUCACGCACCACCUCUCCCUGCUCUCCUCAAAAUCAGACUCUCAACGCCGCGACUCCAUAGCCCACCUCACUACCUCAAUCCAAUCAAAACCAACCUCCUCCCCCCUCCCCCACCCUGUAAGUGUCAUCCUGCCCCCUCUCCUCCCACUCAUCCUCGACUCCAACGCAGCAGUACGAGGUAACCUCCUCAAACUCCUGCGCGUGCUACCCGAGCACGACGUCCGCGACCACGUCACACAGCUCAUGCCGUAUAUCCGCGCCGGGAUGACACAUCUCGCAGCCGAGGUGCGGCUCAGCAGCGUGGAGAUCCUGGGGUGGUUGCUUUCUGUUGCGGGCGAGGAGGUUGUCGGAGUUGCGGGCGGCUGGGUGAAGACGCUGAAUUGCUUCUUGUCUGUGCUGGGGUGGCAUGUGCAGGCGGCGGAUUCGAAAUGGACAUCUGCCAAGCCGAUCCCCUCUGGUUCAGGACCUGGGUCUGGGUCUGGUGCGAAAUCGUCAUUCGGGAAGGCCGGUGCGAAGGGACGACCGCAGGUGCGGUUUUUGGCUGUCCUUGCGGAGUUUCUGGAUGCGGGAAUUGGAUCUGAGGAUUCGUCUAUGGAGGAUGGGGAUGAUGAGAGUCGGUAUCUGUUUGGUGGCGAGGCGGCGUUCCCUAUUGUGCAGUUCCAGUCGCAGAUGAUACCGAGCUCUGUGGCGGCGCCGUACCUGUACCUGAAUUUGUUUGGGGCGCCGCGGGAUGAGGAGGGGGAAAUGUAUGAGACGAGGGAGGAUCGGUGGAGAGUGUUUGAGAGCAGGGGAUUUCUGGCUGCGGUGGAGAGGGGCGUUGAGGGCGCGCGGAGCGAGGGGGGUGAAGUUGGGAGGGCGAGCGCUGGGGUUACGAAGGUGUUAGCUGAGGCGAAGGCUGGGUUGUAACCUCUGUCUCGUGGUUGAGUCGAGGCUGAGACGACUAUUCUACCAGUUCAAGCUGUCAUGGACCUGCUUUGUGCUUGUUCGGUGGGAAUCAAGUGGCAACAUUCCCUAGGAUUCUCAUCCAUUGCAAAGCGAAAGAUAUCUCCAGGACGUUGCCUCAACACACAUGAGCAUCGGCCAGAAUUGAAGUCAUGCAAUCGAUUCGAGAAUACCCCCAGGGUUUCAUCUAUUGCCCUCCAAACCAAUUCAGCCGCUCCGAUGGCCUCACUCCAUUGAUAUACGCAGAAGCCACGGGCCAUUGGAAUACCAAUUCACUCUGUAUAUAGAUAUCAAAAUACAAGUCUUAAUCAUAAACAGUCCAACGAUUAAACCCCAGACCCCUUCU